GAUGUCUAUUGUUAGCAAUGAAGAGCAAGUUUCUAAUGAAAGUGCACUUGAGAAUGGUGAUUUUGUGCUGAAACCGAAUAGAUAUGCAUUUGUCAGUGCUAAAGGCUUGUUACAGAGAUGUAAUGAGAGCGGUUUAAACGUUUAUGACCAUCUAGUCCAAAUGCUGUGUAGCAUUUUAAAAGGAAAUAGUGAUAACUCACUUUUAGAACUGGAGAACCUUAGUCGCAAACUUAAAAGGUAUAAAUGUUCAGCAGACUUGCACUUAUUAAUACGUGCAAAAGAGAUUUCUGCUGAUCUUGACUUAGCGUUACGCCGUCGGCCAUACUUCACAGUUGUUUCCAGAGAAGUGCGAGGACCAGAAGUUUUACCUGAUUUGUCCAAACUUUUCUUUGGUUUGGGUCAGGCAGGUAUAGGUUUUCCCCAGGAAGAGGUUACCAACCUUUUAUUAUCAAUUCGAUUGUUUCUAAAGAAAAUUUCACCAACUUUUGUCAGGUUUUGGGGAAAAUAUUUAGGAACUUCCCGAAAUUAUUACGUUUUAGAAGUAGAACUGGAAUCUGAUGAUAAGAAUAUUUAUCCACUUGACGCUCUCCUCAACUUGAAGGACAAUGAAAGUACGGCACGAUCAGAUGUACAACUCAACGAAAGAUUGGCAAUCCUCGAUAUGGAUCCUCUUCCAAAAUCCGAAUGGAAACCACAACCACCAGUACUACCAGAAGAACAUGGGAAAGGCACCAAUCGAAAAACAUACUUUGUUUGUAAUGUUUUAGGUGACGAUUGGGUCAGGUUGCCCGAUGUUACGCCAGAGCAGAUUGUCACCAGCCGGAUGAUAAAAUACCUUUGUACGGGUGAUUUGGAAGCGGAAAUUAAUACAUUUCCAACGUUCCCUGGAGUCGAAAAAAAUUUUCUUCGGGCACAAAUAGCACGAAUAUCUGGGUCAACUACAAUUUCUCCGAUAAAUUAUUAUCAAUUUAACGAAGAUGAAGAAGAACAGAUAGAAGAAGAUGCUUUGAGAGAAAAUUUCAUAGAAAAUCCCGAAUAUGAGCCGAUGACUAUUUAUGAUUUGACUGACCCUACUUUAACUAAUUGGGUUCAUCAUACAGCUUAUAUAUUACCACAAGGCCGAACUGUUUGGUUGAAUACAGCAAUCAAGACAAAAGAUGAACUAGAGGAUGAAAUGUCUGAAGAGGAAGAAGAGGAGCCUGAUGAACCUGAACCCGAAACAGGGCCUCCAUUGUUAACCCCACUAUCAGAAGAUGCAGAAAUCGGUAGUAUUCCACCAUGGUCAACUCGUAUUACUUCACAGUUGAUACCUCAUUACGCAUAUGCUGUACUGUCAUCUAAUAUUUGGCCUGGUGCAUAUGCAUUAGCACAAGGCAGAUUUUUUGCAAAUAUCUACGUAGGCUGGGGAUUAAAGUAUACUGGGACGAAUUUUAAUCCUCAAAUAAUGCCAAAACCAUUUGAAGAAUUUCCAUCAGGAUUAGAAAUCACAGAGGUUGACGAUCCGACACCUGAAGAAGAAGCAGCUUGGAGAGCUGCACAAGCUGAAGCUGCUCAACGUCAGAAUGAAGGUCAAGAAGAGGAUGAGGAGGAGGAAGAAGAAGAAGAAGAGGAAGGUGACAGUGGUGGUGAUGAUGAUAAUGAUGAUUAAAAGAUAUAUCACUUACCAAUAAAUUCAUUUUCACAGAAAAUUUUUAUGUAUAUUUUCUGAGAAAAGUACACAAACUUUUUCAUUCAAUCUAACCCAAGUAACCGAUUUUGAAAAAUCAAUUUUAUUCGAUGAUUAUUUUGAUCAGUGAUAGUGAAAGUAAAAUAUGAUUAGUCGUUGAGCGUGGACAAACAAACAUAGCCUACUGGCUAUUAAGCAUGUGAUUUCAUUUCCUCUCAUUGAUUUCUACUCCGGAUUCACUGAAGGUGUCUGCUUGUAAUUGUGGUGAAUAAAGUGUUAUUUAGUUCGU